UUCUCAUUCCUCGCCAAUCGUGCUCAUCGCAUUUCUCCGUGAAACGACUACGAAUAAAACAAAUCCCAGUGAGCCCCCCUGACCCCCAACAACCCGCCAUCACCACCCGCAAGUGAUCCCUAUCAUCUUCAUCGACACCUGCUCCAAUCUGUUCACCCCCCAGGAGUGGGGAUAGAGCACUCAGAGAGUUUGUGGUUUGCGACCAGUAGUGAACGAGUAGAGUUGAUAUUAGUGUCGAAGUAAGAGUUAAGCCGACUCGAGGUGAAUCCCUCGGUCCCUCGAAGGUGUCGAUAGCACCCAGACCCACGAUAUAAACCCCCAAAAUCAUCUGAUACAGAAUUAACCUCUCAAAGAGAAACAUAACGACUUGAAUUGAUAACGAGGGGAAAGUUGAGUCGUCUGGGAGCACCUGUGUUAUCCAAGAGCCACUCUUCCCCCUUUUUCCACGGUUAACAACGUGCAACAAACCGAAAAAUGGAUAUUGAUGAUUACGAGUCAUUGCCAACAACAUCGGUCGGUGUCAACAUGACUGCCGGUGCUUUUGCGGGGAUUAUGGAGCACUGCGUCAUGUAUCCCUUCGACAGUGUUAAGACGAGGAUGCAGGCGCUGAGACCCGAGCCAGGUGGAGGCGGCAGUAUUCGGGCUGUAAUGUCCAGGAUGGUGCAGCAAGAGGGGCUUCUAAGGCCAAUUCGUGGAAUGAGUGCUAUGGUAGCCGGUGCUGGACCCGCACACGCACUCUAUUUCUCUUGUUACGAAUUUUUGAAAAAUCGUAUGGUAUCAAAAACUACCUCACAGGUCAAUCAUCUAGUCUAUGGAGCUGCUGGAUGUGUUGCCACGAUAUUACAUGAUGGUGUUAUGAAUCCAGCUGAAGUGGUCAAACAGCGGCUGCAGAUGUACAAUUCCCCCUACAGAAACGUCUUAGACUGUGUACGACACAUUUACAGGACAGAGGGUAUAUUUGCAUUCUACAGAAGUUACACAACACAAUUGGCAAUGAACGUGCCAUUCCAGAGUUUGCACUUCAUCGCUUAUGAAUUUGGACAGUCGAUAAUGAAUCCACAGCACACAUAUAACCCUCAGGCGCACAUCCUAUCAGGAGCCAUGGCGGGAGCAGCGGCUGCUGCUUGCACAACCCCCCUCGAUGUAUGCAAAACUGUUCUCAAUACUCAACAGGUCGAUGUCCAGGUACAGGGAAUGGUACACGCCUUCAAGCUAGUAUACAGGUUUGGCGGUCUUCAGGGCUAUUUCCGGGGUCUGAAAGCCAGGAUUAUCUAUCAAACACCAGCAACAGCUAUUUGUUGGUCUACGUACGAAUUCUUCAAGUAUUUUUUGCAAAGGAGAGAGGAUGAAAGGCACUUUGAGCGAACGAGCCCAGAGAGUGAGGACCUAUCAUCAGUGAGUCCACCUUACACACCCACAAUAUCAAGAACCUCAACACCAACAUUUUCAGGAAGCGGAUUGAUAUACAAUAAAUCACCGGGUCCUGUUUUGCUGGACGUGACCCGGAGCUAGGUACUGAACAUUCAAGGAUAAAAGAAAACUAAAUCGGUGGGAAAAAAAGCCGAAAAGACAAGUGGAAAUAUUCAACUUUUAUAUUUCAAAGAGUUUAUUAAUGAAUGAUAUUUUGUUAAAUUGGCUUUGUUAGUGACGAUGAUAUCUCUGAACAAUAAUUAUACUGGAGAUGAUAAAAUUUUUGAAUUAAUUCGAAGGAAUGAAUCGAGUGCAGGACACUUGAUCAUUCGGUCAUUCGAGAGAAAAAAUGGGAAAAUUGAGAAAUGACAAAAAUUUUAUUCGUUAUGCAUCACGUUUAGAUCGCAUUAUGAGUGAUGAAGUCGCACUGUUUACUGUUUCACCGUGUAUAUCAGUCCUGAAAGGUUCUGAGGGAUAACGAAAAUUUGUAUUCGAAUUUUCUGAGUAUUUCGUUUAGUCGACAAAACGCUAGUUUCAGAGGUGAAGUGGUAGGGGCACAGGAGAUGUUCCGAUUAUUCUGCGAAUUUCUUGAAAACUAUCACAUUUAGAAAUGGAUGUCACAGAAGCUUUUUUGGAGAAAAUUUCAUGGGCUGCAAAAAAUGUAUUCUGACAUUUUUUUUUAAAUGUGAUAAUUUUGGAGAUAUUCAGAAAAUAAAGUGAAUGAAUUUUUUCAUUGCAAAAUGGAUUUGAUAUUAUUUUCCAUAUACAUCCUGGAAAUUGAUGAGUAUGGAGAGGGAAAUUUAUGUAAAGUUUUUCUCUAGACCCAUUCAUUCCCGGGAUAUUUCGGACUCCUCUUUUUUCUCUACUACUUCGGGAAAGAUUUACAACUGCACGUGUUCACACCUACCUAAAAACUGAAAAAUGUUGAAUCAAUUCUAACUCAAGAAUAGUAUUUCUGUUUUUUAGUUAUUUAAUUAUUUCUUUUCGUUAAAUUACUAUUACUCCAUUUAUUAUUUCUCCUCAAUUUCCAUUAUUCACGACGUUAAACCGUCGAGACAUUUUUCAUUGAUGCACCAGGAGCAUAAACACAAAGUGUAUGGAAUAAAGGCGCAGUAAAUGGGUGAAUUGAGAUCACCCAACACAAAAACGAUUGAAAAAAAGUGACGUUGAAUCCAAGUAUUUGCAUACAAAUCAUUGUCGUCACGAAUCCACAAUAAGUGAGAUCAUCGAUGAAUUAUAAAUAUUUCGUGAGUUUGUGAUUUCAAUUUGGAAAUUACAGGCAUCUUGUUUGUCCAUUAUCAUUACCACAAACCUCAAAUGUUUCGUACUGAUAAAAAAAUGAUAUAAACCAUUCAAAGCAGGAAAGUUAGUUCACUAGAAAAUCAGAGUCACAAAUGAUGAAUUCCCUAAUUAAACGAUAAAUGACUUUCGUUGCGAGUGAGGAUUGAGUCGAUGCUUAGGAAGUUCAGCAUAAUCAUAAAUACUUGAAUAUGCUCAUAAUCUCAAUUCAGGAAUAAGAGAGAAAAAUCGAAUGACCCAACGAUGCAAAAUCAACUGAUUCAGUAGUCACAAGGUGGAAAUGGAAUUUGCACUAUUGUUUUCCUUUUCCUCAAUUUUAUUCAGUUUGAUUUCUCUUUGUAUUUGUAACCGGUGUUUGAGGAAGUGGAUGACUUGAUAAACGGUGAAGAAAGCGGAAAGGAUGACCACAGGAAGAGAAAUGAAAGAGAGGAAAAAAUAUGUUUAUUUACUCGAAAAAUCUUCGUUCCUAAUUCCGUAUAAUAUUGCUUCCUUAUGGCUGUGAUAACUGAGUCAAAUUCAUCUUGAUAUUGACUUUAAGAGGGAGUAAUAUCGUGUGAACUGACAGCCUUCACGCCAUAUAAUUUAUUAAUAUUUUUUACGUAACAUCUUCAGUCGUAAUUAUUCAUCAAUACUCCUGAUUAUCACGCAAUGAUGAAUGAAGAACAAUGUCAUGAAUCUUCUGCAUUGAAUUUGUGUAUUAAUUAACAAUUCUGUUCGACACAAAAAAAGAAAAUUUACACCCUAGUGUAUAACUCCAGAUAAACUCACGAUUACGAUUACUUGAAUAAUUGUACUAUUUGACAUAUUACUGAGUAAUAAAAAUAAAUGAGAAAGAUGGAUGGAUGAAGUCAAUCCAUAGUGUAUCGAUAGUGUACAUAAAUGAAUGAAUAAAUAAUUGUAUAGACAUUGUG